AUGCAAGAAAAAUGGGAGAAACACAGCAUCACCGUCCAACAUCGUCAAGACUUGGGAUGAGGGCCGUGGCCGGAGGAGGAGGAGGAGGGGGAGAAAUUGUGGAGGUCCAAGGAGGCCACAUUGUGCGGUCCACCGGCCGGAAGGACCGACACAGCAAGGUCUGCACAGCCAAGGGCCCGAGGGACCGCCGUGUGCGACUCUCCGCACACACCGCCAUCCAGUUCUACGACGUUCAGGACCGACUCGGCUACGACCGCCCAAGCAAGGCCGUCGACUGGCUCAUCAAGAAAGCAAAGGCCGCCAUCGACGAGCUCGCCGAGCUCCCCGCAUGGAAACCAACUGCCACUACCACGACCGUCGCCGCCGCCGCCGCGGCCUCGAACUCAAAUGUUGCUGUUCAGCAGCAGAAGCUCCGGGAGGAGGAGGAAAACCAACAGCUGAAUCAAAUCGUCCACCGCCAAUCGACCACGGUGGACGACGCUAUGGAAGCUUCUGGUAGCCGAAAGGCUACCGCACUGGUUGGUGGCAGUGGAAGAAUCUCGGAAUUUCAACCGCAACAUUUGAACGACGAUAACGGUAGUAGUGGCAAAUACAACAGUGGCGGUUCUGGUUUCUUUCCGCCGACUUUGGACACUGAUAUAGCUGAUACCAUUAAGUCUUUCUUUCCGAUGGUGGGGCCGGGGGAGGUUGCAACAACGACGUCGUCCUUUCAUAACUAUCCUCCACCGCCUGAUUUGCUUUCGCCGAUUCUUCUUCAGCACCACCAACAACAGCAGCAGCAGCCGCCACACCAACAGCAUGUUCACGAGCAAGUGCUCUUCCAGCACCACCAAGAGGAACAGGAGCAUGGACGAUUGCAGAGAAUGGUGGCUUGGAAUAAUGCCGCUGCAGAUGCUAGUAGCAGUGGCCAUGCCAGUGGAUUCAUCUUCAACUCGUCGGCGACGGCGGCUGUGCCGUCUCCUGCGAUGUUUGGCCAUGGCCAGUUUUUUCCUCAGAGGGGACCCCUUCAGUCCAGUAACACCCCUUCGUUUCGUGCUUGGAUAGAUCCUUCUUCGAUCGCCACGGCUGCCAUGACUGUGGAUCACCACCACUAUCUUUCACCGGCCGCGAUCCAUCAAGCUUCUAUUGGGUUUGCCGGCUCUUCUUCCGGUAGCUUCUCUGGCUUCCGCAUACCAGCACGAAUUCAGGGUGCGGAGGAGCACGACGGCGUAUCUGACAAGCCGUCCUCUGCUUCCUCCGAUUCUCGCCAUUGACGGAAAGCAAAGACGUCAAUAGUUCCAAACUUUUCUUUAGCGUUCGAUGGUUGUCUUUGAAGAUGUUUGACAGUGAACAGCAAGUAAAAGAUCAGCAUUGGAAUGGAUUCUCAGCUGCGAGAGAGUUCAAGAUGAGUUUGGACUUUGGAUGCUUUGAUUUCAAUGGCUCACUCAGUAUGCCGUGGGAAUGAAGAAAAUCUGGGGUGAAAAUAUUCAGGUUUUCCAAUCCCCCGGUUUGUUCUGCUUUAUUUUUAUGUUCAUUGAUGGUAUUUUUUAACCUAUGUUUCUAAGCUUUGACAAGGAGUACUGUUUUUGGUUUGUUUUAUUUGCUUCAACUGUGUUUGGAUUGCUAUCUUGUUGUUUCAUUUUGUAGUAGUCGUUGUGUUCUUUGUACUUCUAUUUCUGGUUUCUACUAGUGUGAAGAAAAACAUGCACAACAAAUAAAUAGCUAGUUUGUUUUAA